AUGGCGGCGGCGGCCCUGACCCGUGAGGGCGGGGAGGAUGCGUUYCGCCGGCUCUUUCGCUUCUACCGGCAGCGCGACGCUUCCGACCUGCGGGGCGUGGUGGACUUCUCCGCGCCGGGGGGCCAGGUGGUGAGAUCACAGCUCAGUAUUUCUUCAGUCAGUGAUCAAGAUGCCUACAGAGCAGGAUUACAGCCAGUUAGCCAGUGGAAGGCCUAUGGCCUCAGUGGGUACCCAGGGUUUAUUUUCAUACCCAACCCUUUCCUUCCGGGCUGCCAGCGUCACUGGGUGAAGCAGUGUCUCAAGCUAUACCCUGAGAAACCCAAUGUCUGCAACCUGGACCUGCACAUGGCUCCUGAGAAGACCAUUGACCUGUGGGGACAGAGCAAGGAGCAGCUGAAAAGGAAAGGUUCCAAUAAAUGGGAGCCCAGGAGCUUAUUGGAGAAACUGCGCUGGGUGACCCUUGGUUACCAUUAUAACUGGGAUACUAAGAAGUACUCAGCAAAUCACCACACUCCUUUCCCCUCAGACCUUGCAUUCCUAUCAGAACAAGUAGCUGCAGCCUGUGGUUUCCGGGGUUUCCAAGCCCAAGCAGGUAUCUUGAACUACUAUCAUUUUGAUUCUUCACUGGGAAUUCAUGUGGAUGAGUCUGAACUAGACCAUUCUCGGCCCCUGUUGUCAUUCAGUUUUGGACAAUCCUCAAUAUUUUUGCUUGGGGGCCUGAAGCGGGAGGAGGCCCCGACAGCAAUGUUCAUGCACAGUGGAGAUAUCAUGGUGAUGUCUGGCUUCAGCCGCCUGCUGUACCAUGCUGUCCCACGGGUCCUCCCCAACCCUGAGGGGACAGCUCUGCCUUCGUGCCUCGACCAAGCUCUUCCUUCUGACCUUCCUGUUGGCUCAGUCAUUGAGCACAGCUCUGAUGAGGAUUGGCAAGUGUGUGCCAAGUAUCUGCAGUCCUCCCGCAUCAACAUGACUAUUCGACAGGUGUUGGCUGAGGGUCAGAAAUUUCCAGAGGAAUCUGGGACAAAUGGAAAGGGCCAAGCACUGUCUGAAGAYAGUCAUCAUGAGAACAGCAAAGCCAAAAGACAUAAACCAAACACAGUCAGCUGAGACCGAGAGAUCGUACUGGCAUGGACUGGACAGGCAAUCUCCAUAUGGAAUGGAAAACGGUGUAAUAUUGGAAGUCACUUGUCUGUAUUUGGGUUAAUAAACUUGUGCAGAAUAAAUGUAGUCCUUCUUGCUGUAAUAAAUAAACGGGAGGAGAAAAGUUUAAAAGGAAAAGCAGCUUAAGUUCAGGACUGGGACUCAGGAGAUGAACUCUAUUAGCAUUUUGUUGCAGAGUUUACUCUGUUUCCUUUAAAAUCCCUGUAUGUCAGAAUUUUAAGCUUGGUUAAGCUUAAAUGGUUUAAGCUUUUGGUGAAGCUUGGCUUAAGCUGUAGGAGUGAUGUUCAUAAAAGUAUUUUGAAAUCAUUGGGCAGAGUGUUAGCAAAAUACACAUAAUUGCUAUGUGAUAAAUCCUGUUGGGCUUGUAAAGCUCAACUGAAAUGCAGUARAAAGUAUGAAUGAGAAUACCUACCUGCAACUUUUUCAAGGUAAUCACCUACAGCAAAAAUUGGUUCAGUGGUCAGGAACUGGCAGCUCCCUCAGGCAAC